GGCUCGGGGCAUGGCCUUUCCGCACCUCCCUGCCCUCGCGGGCCGGACCCGGAGAGCCAGAGGUCGCGGGAGCGGCUGGAGGUCUCCCAGGGGGUGUGUCCGCAAUCACCGUUUCGGACCAGGAAGCUGUGAGCAGUUGCAGCGAGCUAGGAGUGGAAGAGAGGUCGCGCGAGGAGGUGCAGGCGAUUCUCUUCUAACUGGGAUCUUGCUUCUGCGUGUUGGGUCUUCACUUCUCAGCUUUCCUUCAUCCCUGGAGCAUCCGAGCCGAGCCGCGGCUCUGGACAGAAAACAACUGACCGAAACCGCGGGCAUACAGAGUCAAAUCUCAGAAGAUGAUACCUGCUCUUUGGACCUUCUGGACUUUGCUGGCCAUGACAGGCCUCUCCAAGGAAGGCUGUUGUGCUCAGGUUCCUCUGUCGUGUGACACUGCUGGCAAAUGUGAUGGCCGCUCCAGGUCUUUCACCUCUAUUCCUUCAGGACUCACAGCAGCCAUGAAGAGCCUUGACCUCUCUAACAACAAGAUCACCUACAUUGGCCAUGAGGACCUGCGGGCAUGUGUGAGCCUCCGGGCUCUGACACUGGAGUCCAGCGGAAUCAACACCAUUGAGGAUGAUGCCUUUUCCUCCCUGGGCAGUCUUGAACAUUUGGACUUGUCUGAUAACCACUUGUCUAACUUAUCUUCCUCCUGGUUCAGGCCCCUUUCCUCCUUGAAAUACUUAAACUUAAUGGGAAAUCCUUACAGGACUCUGGGGGGAACGUCACUGUUUUCUAGCCUCACAAAAUUACAAACCCUCAGAGUAGGAAGUGCUGAUGCCUUCAGUGGGCUUAGGAGAAUAGAUUUUCUUGGGCUGACUUCUCUCGACGAACUUGAAAUUAAAGCAUCAGGUCUCCGGAAUUAUGAGCCCAAAAGUCUAAAGGCGAUUCAAAACAUCCAUCACCUGACCCUCCACCUGAGGGAAUCUACUUUCCUGUUGGGGAUUUUUGCAGACAUUCUGAGUUCUGUGAGAUGUUUGGAACUGCGGGAGACUAGCAUGACCAGCUUCCUCUUUUCAGAACUGUCUGCUAAUGAAAGCACUUCACUGAUGAAAAAGCUAGCAUUCCGAAAUGCACGCCUCACCGACAAAAGCUUUAAUGAAUUUCUGAAACUGUUGCCUUACAUUUCAGAACUGUCCGAGGUAGAAUUUGAUGACUGCACCCUCGAUGGAAUUGGCAAUUUCGACCCGCCAGAGUCAGACAUCGUGAGAGAGCUGGGUAAAGUGGAAACGCUAACAAUCCGGAGGCUGCACAUCCCGAACUUUUACUUAUUUUAUGAUCUACAUACUGUGUAUUCCCUCCUGCAGAAAGUUAAGCGAAUCACGGUAGAAAACAGUAAGGUUUUUCUGGUUCCUUGUUUGUUUUCUCAGAAUUUAAAAUCAUUAGAAUUCUUGGACCUCAGUGAAAAUUUGAUGGUUGAAGAAUAUUUGAAAAACUCAGCUUGUGAGGGCGCCUGGCCUGCUCUACAAACCUUAAUUUUGAGACAGAACCAUUUGAGAUCAAUAGAAAGAACUGGAGAGAUUUUGCUGACCCUGAAAAACCUGACAGCCCUUGACAUCAGCAGGAACAGCUUUGGUCUUAUGCCUGACACUUGUCAGUGGCCGGAGAAGAUGCGCUUCCUGAACCUGUCCAGUACAGGGAUACAGGCCAUAAAAGCAUGCAUUCCUCCGACACUAGAAGUGUUGGAUGUUAGUAACAACAAUCUCAAUUCAUUUUCUUUGCUCUUGCCUUGGCUCCGAGAGCUCCAUAUUUCCAGAAAUAAGCUGAAGACUCUCCCAGAUGCCUCCUUCCUCCCUGUGUUACUGGUCAUGAAGAUCAGCGAGAACGCAAUAAGCACUUUCUCUGAAGACCAGCUUAGUUCUUUUCCCAACCUGGAGAGUCUGGAAGCAGGGGCCAACCACUUCAUCUGCUCCUGUGAAUUUCUGUCCUUCACGCUGGGCCAGAGGCCAGCCCUGGCCCAGGUCCUGGUCGGCUGGCCAGACAGCUACUUGUGUGACUCCCCGCCCCGCCUGCAUGGCCAGAAAAUCCAGGAUGCCCGGCCCUCAGUCUUGGAGUGCCACCAGGCUGCACUGGUGUCUGGUGUCUGCUGUGCCCUUCUCCUGAUGAUCCUGCUCAUAGGCGGCCUGUGCUACCAUUUCCAUGGGCUGUGGUACCUGCGGAUGAUGUGGGCAUGGCUUCAGGCCAAGAGGAAGCCCAAGAGGGCUCCUUGCAGGGAGGUUUGCUAUGACGCCUUUGUUUCUUACAGCGAGCAGGACUCCCACUGGGUGGAGCACCUCAUGGUCCAGCGGCUGGAGAACGGUGACCCGCCCUUCAAGCUGUGUCUCCACAAGCGAGACUUUGUUCCUGGCAAGUGGAUCAUUGACAACAUCAUUGAUUCCAUUGAAAAGAGCCACAAAACGGUGUUCGUGCUUUCUGAGAACUUUGUGCGGAGCGAUUGGUGCAAAUACGAACUGGACUUCUCCCACUUCAGGCUCUUCGAAGAGAACAAUGACGCCACCAUCCUCGUUUUGCUGGAGCCCAUAGAGAAGAAAGCCAUCCCCCAGCGCUUCUGCAAACUGCGCAAGAUAAUGAAUACCAAGACCUACCUGGAGUGGCCCUUAGAUGCUGCUCAGCAGGAAGUAUUCUGGGCAAAUCUGAGAACUGCAAUAAAGUCGUAGGUCUUCUCUCCAGUUCCUGUCUUGCCUUAACUGUGGUCUUUGUGACAUGAACUGAAACAAACUUUAUUCUGACAUAAUUAUGUAAGUAUCACAGAACUGUACUAUUGAGGAUUUGGGAAGUAUAAUUAAUAGCCGUGAGCUUUAUCUUGAACACUGUUGUAUAAAUAUCUGAUGUCAGGAGAA